CGCCGCGCCACCCCUAAAGACGCUAGUGCUGCGAUGGCGGAGGCCGUGGAGCGCACUGACGAGCUGGUCCGGGAGUACCUGCUCUUCCGCGGGUUCACGCACACACUGCGGCAGCUCGACGCCGAGAUCAAGGCGGACAAGGAGAAGGGGUUCCGGGUGGAUAAGAUUGUGGACCAGCUGCAGCAGUUAAUGCAGGUGUAUGAUUUGGCUGCCCUUCGGGAUUAUUGGAGCUACUUGGAGCGUCGGCUCUUCAGCCGCUUGGAGGAUAUAUACAGACCCACAAUCCACAAGCUGAAAACCAGCCUGUUUCGCUUUUAUCUUGUCUACACAAUCCAGACAAACAGAAAUGACAAGGCUCAGGAGUUCUUUGCAAAGCAGGCCACAGAACUGCAGAACCAGGCUGAGUGGAAGGAUUGGUUUGUCCUGCCCUUCCUGCCAUCCCCGGACACCAACCCCACCUUUGCUACCUACUUUUCUCGACAGUGGGCUGACACCUUCAUUGUGUCCCUGCACAACUUCCUGAGCGUCCUGUUUCAGUGCAUGCCAGUUCCUGUGAUCCUGAACUUUGAUGCGGAGUGUCAGAGGACUAACCAGGUUCAAGAAGAAAAUGAAGUUCUGCGUCAGAAGCUUUUUGCAUUGCAAGCUGAAAUCCACCGACUGAAGAAAGAGGAGCAACAGCCAGAAGAGGAAGAGGCCUUGGUCCAACACAAAUUGCCUCCUUAUGUCUCCAACAUGGACCGCCUGGGGGACUCAGAACUUGCCAUGGUGUGCAGCCAAAGGAAUGCCUCCCUCUCCCAGUCACCUCGUGUGGGCUUCCUGUCCUCGCUGCUGCCUCAGAGUAAGAAGAGCCCCUCAAGGUUGUCGCCUGCUCAGGGCCCUCCUCAAGCUCAGAGCUCGGCCAAGAAAGAGUCCUUCGGUGGUCAGGGCACCAAGGGAAAGGACCCGACGUCCGGAGCCAAGGAUGGGAAGGGCCUCCUCAGCGGGCUGGCCACUGGGGAGUCCGGUUGGUCACAGCACCGGCAGCGGCGCCUGCAGGACCAUGGCAAGGAAAGGAAGGAGCUUUUCUCCACAACCACUUCCCAGUGUGCAGAGAAGAAACCAGAAGCCAGUGGCCCAGAGGCUGAGCCCUGCCCAGAGCUCCACACGGAGCCAGUGGAGCCACUGACUCGGACAUCCUCGGCAGGCCCUGAGGGUGGAGGAGUCCGCCCCGAGCAGCCCUUUAUUGUGCUGGGACAGGAGGAGUACGGGGAACACCACUCGUCCAUCAUGCACUGCAGAGUGGAUUGCUCUGGGAGGAGAGUCGCCAGCUUAGACGUGGAUGGGGUCAUCAAAGUGUGGUCCUUCAACCCCAUCAUGCAGACCAAAGCGUCCUCCAUUUCCAAAUCUCCGCUGCUAUCUUUGGAAUGGGCCACCAAACGGGACAGACUGCUCUUGCUGGGCAGUGGUGUGGGAACGGUGCGUCUCUAUGACACGGAAGCCAAGAAGAAUCUCUGUGAAAUCAAUAUCAACGACAACAUGCCCAGAAUCCUGUCUCUUGCGUGCAGCCCCAACGGGGCCUCUUUCGUCUGUUCGGCUGCAGCUCCGAGCCUCACUUCCCAGGUGGACUUCUCAGCACCAGACAUCGGCAGCAAGGGCAUGAACCAGGUUCCUGGCAGGCUGCUGCUGUGGGACACGAAAACCAUGAAGCAGCAGCUCCAGUUCUCCCUGGAUCCAGAACCCAUUGCUAUCAACUGUACAGCCUUCAAUCACAACGGGAACCUGCUGGUCACAGGGGCAGCUGAUGGUGUUAUCCGGCUGUUUGACAUGCAGCAGCACGAGUGCGCGAUGAGCUGGAGGGCCCACUACGGGGAGGUCUACUCUGUGGAGUUCAGCUAUGAUGAGAACACUGUGUACAGCAUCGGCGAGGACGGGAAGUUCAUCCAGUGGAACAUCCACAAGAGCGGCCUCAAGGUAUCCGAGUACAGCCUCCCCUCAGACGCCACAGGCCCCUUUGUGCUGUCUGGAUACAGCGGCUACAAGCAGGUUCAAGUCCCCAGAGGCCGACUGUUCGCUUUUGACUCGGAGGGCAAUUACAUGCUGACAUGUUCUGCCACAGGUGGCGUCAUCUACAAGCUGGGUGGCGAUGAGAAGGUUCUGGAGAGCUGCUUGAGCCUGGGUGGCCACCGAGCCCCUGUGGUCACCGUGGACUGGAGCACUGCCAUGGACUGUGGGACCUGCCUUACCGCCUCCAUGGAUGGCAAGAUCAAGCUGACCACCCUCCUGGCCCAUAAAGCCUGAUGACCUGCCCCAAGGGGCACCCGAGGAAGCAGUAUUAUCUGGGGUGGGGGGAGGAGAUGUAGGACGGGAAAACCAGGUGCUCCACUCCAGCUCCCUGCCAGUGCAGUGACUCUGCAGGGAAAGACUGGCAAGGAGGCUCAGGCACUUCCAUCUGCGGUGACUGGAAUGGGACCCACGUGGAGUAGGUGGCAUAUGCUUCCCAGAGACUGGUAUUGUGGCUUUGCCAGGAGUACACGUGAGAUUAUGGGAGGAAAGCUCCGGAAGAAGGAGAAACAUUGCGGUGGCUACUGUGUUGGCCCAGUAGAAAUUGACAGUAUUUUGUAUAUAUGUGCCCAUUUUUCUUUUUCUUUUUUAAAAAAAGAGAAUACUCUUGUGGUCCCCUGAUGUCUCUUUCUAGGAUGUGUGUCACUUUGCUUCAGUGACAGCCCUCCCACCCAGCCUGGUUCUGCUGGCCCCGAACUGAACCUCUCCAGGCUCUCCUGUUGCUUUGCCAUGGAGCCAGGUCAGCUCUCUGUCUGUUCCACUGGGUAACAAGGUUUGGCAGUUCCUGUUUCUCUGGGCUUAAGUCAAGGCCACAGAGUUCUUUUUCUUCCCUGAAAGCUGGCAGCUUUUGUUACAGAAGAUUCUCAGGAUGAAGGCAGGGGCUGAGGCCUCUGCCAGUGGCUGCCCCUUUCCAUCCAGUGGCUGCUGUUUCCCAAGACGGGCUAAGCGUUUCUUAUUUGAAGUGCUUGGGACAGGAGUGUUACAGAUUUUGGAUUUUUUCAGACUUUGGAAUAUUUGCACAUAUACAUAAUAAGGUAUCUUGGUAGGUCUCAUGUCUAAACAUGAAAUUCAUUCAUGUUUUAUAUAUACCUUAUACAUGUAGCCUGAAGGUAACUCUAUAUAGUAUUUUAAAUAAUUUUGUACAUGAAACAAAGUAUUGAUUGUGGUCAGGUGUGGUAUUUUCUACUUGUGGUGUCACAUUGGUGCUCACAGUUUUGGGGCUGGGCACGGUGGCUCACAUCUGUAAUCCCAGCACUUUGGGAGGCCAAGGUGGGUGGAUCACUUAAGGUCAGGAGUUCAAGACCAGCCUGGCCAACAUGGUGAAACCCCAUCUCUACUAAAAAUACCAAAAUCAGCCAGGCAUGGUGGCAGGUGCAUGUAAUCCCAGCUACUCUGGAGGCUGGGGCAGGAGAAUCACUUGAGCCCAGGAGGCGGAGGUUGCAGUGAGCUGAGAUCACGCCAUUGGGAGAACCCAACUCAAAAAAAAAAAAAGUUUUGGGUUAUGGAGCAUUUUGGAUUUUGGAUCUUUGGGUUAAGGACGCUCAACCUGUACCUUUUUCAUUUGGUGGCUCCUCUCCUUCCUCCAACUGAACAUCUUUGUGGAAAGGUGACGGCUGCCUGCACCCACUGCUGGCGAAUGGUGAGAAGGUCAGAGCAAGGGGGCCAAGUUGCUGCUGGUGGGCACCUGGGGUUCAGGCCGGCCCAACUGUGGCUGAGCCGAUCUGUAGCUGAGCUGAGCGUCAACCAGCUGUGUCUACACCCUGCCUGAGGCCUGCCCUCUCCUCCCUGGCUGGAGUGGGACCUUGAAGAGGCAGAUCCUCCCACUAGCUUGCUGAGAUGCUUUAAGGAUCACAGAGACACAAAGAAGAUUUGAACCCUAUGCUCCUCCCAUCCCACCUCUUACUCCCUCCCAGGAAAAGAUGCUUCUCCACCCCAGCCCGUGGGACCUGGGCUUGUCCUGGCUCACAGCCGGUGAGAGCGGGGACCCUGGAGGUCAGUGACCCUAACCCCUCAAGGCGACGGUGGUGGGGAAACAAGUCCUGCCUGAGACUGCCCUCCUGAAGAGCUACAUGGACCCCAGUGUGGCAGUUCGGUUUGUGACCUGAAGGCACUGGGGCCGCCCCUUCAGCCUUGCUAUCUGGACACUGUCCCACGCAGUCAGGGGCUGAGGGCAGAGAUUCAGCUGCGUGGGUGUCGCUGCUGUGGAGGAGCCACAGGAGCCGUGCAGGGAGGGAGCACGGUGUCCGAGCUUGCUGUGCCCGGGUGUGGGUAGCACCCAUUCUCGUUGCUGAUUUUUUGCGAACCAUAUUUCAGAUCGCUGUCCUGAGUUCCCAUUUUAGGGCCAGAUCUUGUCAGAUCAUCCUUUCAACCUGAAAAUGCUGCUGGGGAAGGCCUCACCGGCCACUGCUUGUGCGGGCGUUUCCAGUCUGGGUUCUGGUGUCCUUUGGGCUGUGUGAAGCCAGGAGUAUGGUCUUCAACUAAAACUCGGUGCUGAUGCCACGUGACCAUGGCGGAGCCCAGCAUCCAGCAGGACGUGUGGGCAGAGGGGACCCCCGGGGCCGCCACCAGAACAUUAAGCAUUAGCAAGGCCUCCUGUCUUGAAAUGUUGCAAAAAUUAAGGGACAAGAGAGACCGAAGAAUGGGAUGCAGGAAAGUUUUUAUUUUUAGGUGUACAUCAGCUCAGUGGAAUUGCAUCCAGAAAGUCUAAGUAUAGAACAAAGAAAACGAAUGUCUUUUAAGCAUUUUGAGGCAGGAAUUACAUGAAGCAGGAAGCAGGCUUACAGAAGCAAGUACAAAGGCCAUUAAUUAUCUUGUGACACUUUUGCAACAUGUCGUACAUCUCUGGGAAAACUUAGUAUGCAGCUUAUGCUUAUCUGUCUUGUGACCUUGCAGCUGUGCAAGGAGGGAAGAAGACACAAGCUUACAGAGCCUACAAAAUACCUGAAGGGCAGAUAUGGUUAAUGUUUCUUGGGACUGGCAGUUGAUAUCCUUCUUGAACUCUAACUUCAGGGGGGCUACUUAAAUUCUUUUUAGCCUUGGUUGGUACAGCAAUUCAUUCUAUGAGCUAUUAUUUCUUUUACUAUAAUUUUACUAUUAUUACUUAUGUUAUUAUCCUAUUAUUUUAAUUUUCCACUUCAUUCCCCCCUUUGGUGCUCUACAUAAAUGUUGGUUAAUAGCACACCACAAUUGUUUAUUUUUUCUUGAGUUGGUACAUAUUCUUCUUGGGGCAAUACUUAGUCAAUGCCAUUAUUUGAGUAGUAGUAUUUGGCCACGACUGCCUCUAUAGUUGACUGAACACUUCUGAUGAGAAGAGGUAGGAGACAAGGGAGAAUUAGGCAGGCACCUAUGAUAAGUAGGAACCCACCUAUUAAGGUUUUGAACCCACUAAAGGUCAAAAACCAUCCUUCAAAGAGAGAAUCUGGAGACCAGCCUGACCAGGUUUGAACUGGAACAUGGGCUAACUUCCACAUCCUGGCAGUAAUUUCCAUGACAGCUCACCUAUUGUCAUCUAUUUCUAAACAGCAGUUUGUUAGAUUAAACUUCCUGCAUACUCCUCCUUCUGAGGCUAGGAGGUAAUCUAGUGCCAGCCUGUUUUGAUAUAUGGCAUUCCUCAUCUGUAUAGCUUGUACAGCUAGUAAAUCUAAAGCUCUUGAUGUUUCAUAGGUUAUUAUUUCAAGAACAGCCUGUAACCUUAUGAUACGGCUGAGCAUAUAAAUUGGGGUGUGGUAUCCCCAUUACCUAUUUUGUGCCUAGGUAGCUGGCCCAUAGUAUUUAAUGAUUUUUUCAGGAGGCCAUUUGUUAUUUUUCUAGUCUCCUAUGUCUAUGUCUUUUUUGAUAUUUAUAUUUAUUUUUGAGAUCAUGCUCCUUUUAGUUCUUUUAUUCUCAUUAUAGACUGGUUAUCCUAAGAGUUCCCCUUGCUUUAGAGGAAUUAGAAAGAAGGAUGGCUUGAUUGUUCCUAAUACACAUGCUCCUGUCCAUUUAGCUGGCAGUUGCUGAUAUGCCUGUGCUCCACAGAUCCAAUAUAGGCCUUUUCCUGAACAAAAAUAAUAACAUAAUAAUAAGAUAAUCAGUAUUACUAAGAUCACUACUAGGCUUAUAAGUUCUAUCCACAUUUACUUAUCUAGUGAAGACUCCUCAAGCUUUGGCCAUGCGUAGACUAGUCAGCUUCCAGUGUGUGACUAGAGCAGGGUUCGACUUCUCAAGCUUCAGUUGUGCAUAGACUGACCAGCCUCCAGAGUGGUCAGAGCAGAGCGGUUGUCUUUCUCAGUGGUGUUGUGGUUUUGCCACAGGAUUAGUCAUGUUGGAUGGUCUGGGUCUUGUUGACUGGUUCACUGGUCCUGCGCAGCCGGCUUCAGUCGACUGUGAUGAAUCCAAGGUGUGAUACCUGCAACUUUAACAGCAGUGGAAGUAGACAAGAUUACAGUGUGGGCCCAUCCCAUGUGGUCCCUAGUGUGGUUGGGUUCCAUUUCUUAACCCAAACCAAGUCCCCAGGUGUAAAGGGGUGAACUGGGUCUGUUAGGCUGAUAGGCAAUUUUUCUCAUACCCAGCCAUGAAUCUUUUGCAUAGCUAAUCCUAAAGCUUGUAUUUGCCUUUUUAAAGUUAGUUCCCCUAGUUCCCACAGAUCACCUUUUACCUGAUUUAUAAUCGGGGGUGGUCGGCUGAACACAAUUUCACAGGGUGAAAGCCCAGUCAAUUUGGUAAGGGUACACCUGACUUGGAGAAAGGCCAUGGGCAAGACCUGAUCCCACCUAAGAUGAGGUUCUUGACAAAACUUCUUCAGCAGAUGUUUUAGUGUCUGGUUCAUCCAUUCUACCUUUCCUUUCCAGAGCUCUGUGGGUGGUAGGCUAUGUGCAAUUUCCACUUUAUCUUUAGCAGCUGCGUCAGCUGCUGAACUACUUCAGCCAUGAAUGCUGGGCCAUUAUCUGAUCCUAAAGUUAGAGGCAGUCCAAACCUAGGAAUAAUGUCUUUUAGCAACACUCUGGUUACUUCUUGGGCUUUCUCUGUCCUGGUAGGGAAUGCCUCGACCCACCCUGAGAAAGUGCAAACAAACACUAGCAUGUACUGAUAGCCCCCUGCUCAGGGCAGUUCGGUAAAGUCCACAAGCAAGUUUUCACAGGGUGUAGCUCCAGUCUCUUGAAUCCCUGGGGGCUGAGUUGGCACUUGCCAUGGAUUGUUCUGGGCGCAGGUUAAACAUUGCUCACAAACGGCUCGAGUGAUGGCAGUAAGGCACAGCACAUAGAAAUGCCAUCCUACAAGAGUUUCUAAUGCAGUCUUUCCCAUGUGUGUUCCCUGAUGAAACUGCUUCAUAAUUUGGGGGGCUAUUGCUUCCAGAAUAGCUAGCCUCCCAUCUGAGAACUUCCACCAGCCUCCUUUUAUGUAACUUCCGCUCUCUUGUUCAAACCAAGCUUUUUCAUUGGGAGAGUAGCUUGGGGUUUCAGGUAAGGGGGGUUCUAGUAGAAGCGGCAGGGUUGGGGUUUUCUUUUUAGUACUUGAGUUGGACAUAGUUGCUUGUCUGGCUUCUCUGUCUGCCUUCCUAUUUCCUUUUGCUUCUAUGCUGCCUCUUGUCUGAUGUCCUUUACAGUGAAUAACGGCCACCUUGUCGGGGGCCCACACAGCUUCUAAGAGUUGUAAGAUUUCUUCUUUAUUUUUAAUUUCUUUCCCUCCAGCAGUUAAGAGUCCCCUUUCUUUGUAAAUGGCUCCAUGGGCAUGUAAUGUAGCAAAGGCAUACUUUGAAUCAGUAUAGAUGUUAACUGUCCUUCCUUUGGCUAGUAGUAGUGCUCUAGUUAGAGCUAUUAAUUCUGCUUUUUGUGCUGAGGUCCUGUUAGGGAGGGCCUGUGCCUUGGCUACUGAAUUUAGAGUGACCCUGCAUACCUGGCUUGGCAGACCCCUUCUGAUAUAAACCUGCUUCCCUCUGUGAAAUAUUCAGCGUCUGGGUCCUUAAAGGGUUGGUCUCUUAAGUCUUUUCGGCUUGAGAACACCUCAUCUACUACGUCUACGCAAUAGCGUUGGGGAAACCGGUCUUGCAACUUCAGCAUUUCUACAGGCAACAGGGUAGCCGGGUUGAGGGUAUUCGCGGUUUUUAAAGUUACGUAUGGAUUUCCACAUAACAGCCCUUGAUAUCUUAACAUUCUUGGAUUAGAUAGCCAGUGAUAUAUCCUCUUUGCUCCAUUAAGGUGAUCACUGUGUGUGGCACCCGUAUUAUUAGCUUUUGUCCUAGUGUCAGCUUCCAGCAUUUUCUGCCAGCAUGGCAGUGGCAGCUAACGCUUUUAAGCAGGGGGGCCACCCCAGGGUCACAAGGUCUAACCGCUUGAUAAAUAGGCUGCUGGUCAAUACCAUGAUCCUACUGUUUGAACUAAAACUCCUGUAGUCAUUCCUUUUCUUUCAUGGACAUAGAAAAAGAAAGGCUUAGUCAGGUCUGGUAAUCCCAGGGCUUGAGCUUGGCUUAAGGCCUUUUUGAUCUCAUUAAAGGCCUUCUCCUGCUCAUUACCCCAGAGGAGGGGCUCUUUUUCUCCCCCACUUUGUAGCUUCAUACAGUGGCUUUGCCAUGAGUGAAAAGUUUGGCAUUGAAGUACAGCGAAAGUCUGCUGCCCCUAAAAAUUCCCUUACUUGUCGCCGGGUGACAGGAGUAGGGAGCGCACAUAUGGCUUCCUUCUGCCCACUGCCGAGUUCACGCUGCCCUUGGGCUACUAGGAAACCUAGAUAUCUUACUCUUUUUGCACAGACCUGAGCUUUUUCCUGAGACAUCUUGUAACCGCCUUCCAUAGAAGGCGAAGGAGAUCUUUGGUGCCCUGGAAGCAAUCUUUCUUGGUAGGUGCCGCAAACAAAAGAUCACCAAUGUAUUGUAACAAUACACACUUGUCAUUUGGUGGGACAAAAGCCUUGAGGUCUGAUGCUAGUGCCUCUUCAAAGAUAGUGGGGGAGUUUUUGAACCCUUAUGGGAGCCUGGUCCAGGUGAAUUGUGUUCCUCCCCAUUGGAAUGCAAAAAUAGGCUGACUUAUUGGAGCUAGCCUGAGGCAGAAAAAGGCAUCUUUUAAGUCCAAACGGGAAAACCAGGCAGCAUGAGCAGGAAUGUGGCUCGUCAUUGUAUAUGGGUUGGGCACCACCGCAUGUAAGGUAACAGUAACUUUAUUUAUGUCCCAUAGGUCUUGCACAGGCCUGAACCCACCAGACGGUUUUUGCACUGGUUAAGAGUAGAGUAUUCCAGGGUGACUUGCAUUUCUUUAUGAUCCCAUGUUCUAAUAGCCGAUUUAUGUGCUUGGUCAUUCCUCGCACUGCCUCUGUAGACACCUGGUACUGGGGAAUGUGCACUGGAGUUGCACCUGGAACUAACUCUACUACCACCGGUGCCUGGUUUAUAACCAAUCCUGGAGGACUGUCUUCUGCCCACACCUCAGGAUAACAAACCGAGGCCGGGCUCCCAUCCUCCUCCAGCACACGAGGGGGCCCCUGGCCCAGCAAGAAGCUUCGCCUGGUUUCUGAGGGAAUUCCCCGCGGGCCUUUCCAAAACACGCCCGUUCCCUUCCGCUAACUUCAGGGGCCAAGAAUUGACACUUUUACGCUCCUCAAGCCGGUGGCGCUGCCUCGCUGGCGUUCGCAGCGCGCAGCCAACCGGAUGCCAGCCGGGGGCCGUUAGCACUGCCAGCAUGGGGCGCCCGCGGACCUCCGACUGAGCCAGCUGCCGGAAGCCGGAAGUGUCCCAGGCCCGGGACUGCGAGGGGGCCGGGGGCUCCCCAAGACCGGAAGUGUCCCGGGGGCCAGGAGCGCGCGGGACCCGGGAGCGCGCGAGGCCGGAAGAGGCGGGCGGCCAGAAGAGGUCCGCAGAGUUCAGGCGACAGGCGAGACGGCAGGGCUUAAAGUUCCGGGAAUCAAAGAUCAACUCCCACUGAGGACAAAUGGACCUGUAAUUCCGGGUGUGACGAGAGAACGAGAUUUACCUUCCUGAAUUAAAAAACAGGUCAUUAAGCUUGGGCCCUGACUCUUCUUUGUGAGAAGGUGCAGAGAUGGAAACCUUACAAUCCAAGACUAAAACGAGGGUCCUUCCCUCAUGGCUGACAGCCCAGGUGGCUACAAAGAAUGUGGCACCAAUGAAGGCCCCCAAGAGGAUGAGAAUGGCAGCAGUGCCAGUGGCAGCAGCAAGGUGCGACAACCCUGGUCAGAAGACUGUUGCGAAUUGGCAAGUGGAGCAGGGGCCUCCAUGACCUGGGCCAGGUCUUCCAGCCUAGGCAGAACAGCAAGAUGGGCGGGUGUUUCAGUCUGAUCAUCUCUUGAGCUUUUAGAAGGUGGAGGGGCUGUGGGGGGAGGCAAAGCGGGUUAACCCUCGAGGACAGGCACCCACUUCUGCCUCUGCACUGGUGAGUGUCCUGCCCUCAGCACACACAGAGUGGGUUCUCCAUGUCAGCCAAUCUCUGAUGCCAGUUGUCCAAAAUGCCAGUCUCUUCCUUUACAACGAACAUGGUAACAUCAGAUGGGCAAGAUCAGUGGUAGUGUCUGUUUUGAGUGGUGCCUGCCCCUGUGGACAGACCUUUAGGGAUGGACAGAUGAGCAGCAGCUGCAGGGCCAGCAAGAGAUAAGGAGCUGGGGAGUGAGUUAGUUGAAUGACGGUAAUUGCCGGGAGGUGGGGGGGCGCGGGGUGAGUCUCCAGGCUGCAGCGUGAAGUGGGCAGAGCCCCAGCACUUGAUGUUCCCCUCUCUGGCUCCUCCUCCUCUAAGGUUUCCUGACUGACAGCCUUCCCUUGUGACUGCUGCCGUCUUUCCCUAAGUCUGGUCCUGCUUUCAGGUUCCUCUCAGUGCAGCCUCAGCCCGAGGUUCCCUUCCUCUUUCAUCCACGUGUGUGUUUCAGAGGUGGCCAUCCUUCCCUACUUCCAGAUCCUUAUAGGGCAGUUGGUGGAGAGUGGGAGGCACCCCGGUGUUGCCUCCAUGAAGCCCUGUGCCAGUCACUGGGCUGCAAGGCUGAGGAAAUUGUGUCCGCGUCAGAGAAAGCUCCUCAGCUCAGAGGUGCUGGUGCCUCCUGCGUGGAGGAAGGCAGGGGGAAGAGGCCCUGUUGAUCUUGUUUUCUUUGCCCUUAUGAGACCUGAGAGUCUGUGUCAUCUGUGCCUUGCGUGUCUUUGUUUCAGACUCCCUGCGACAAGGACUGUGUACUGCAUGAAUGAGGCCGAGAUAGUCGAUGUUGCUCUGGGAAUCCUGAUUGAGGUAAAGUCAGACAAGCCUUUUACUCAUGACCAGAAACUCUGCAUGGGCAGAAGCUAGACUAGGCCCUUGGUCACCGUCAGUAAGAGAGAUGCCCUCUGCCGUAGGCUACCUCUUCUUCCUCCUGCCACUUCUCUCGCUCUUGUCUCGGCCAUGCUGCCCAGGCCUCUCCCCAUGUGGGUGUGCACUCGUGGGGUGUCUUUGGGGCUAGAUGCCUGGGAGGGCAUGCGUGUGUUAGGGAGGGCGUGUGUGUGUUAGGGAGAGCGUGACUGUGCGCUGGUGUGUAUGUGGAUGGGACAUGAAGCAUUUACCUGUUUGUGUUCUCGGAAAGGUUCCCAGUUGGGUAGAUGACUUCUUAGCCAUUGCCCUUCUCCUGAGCAGAGGAUGCUGAGCUUCCUCGCUUCCUGCAGUAAUAAUUGCAGUGCCUCAGAGUUGCACAGCAUUCUACAGUUUACCAGGUGCCUUGAAAGCAUGUGUUAUGUCAUUUUAGCCUUGCAAUAACCCUGUGGUGUGGGACUUUUCCUAGUGCUAAGGCAUGGGCCCACACCCAGGUUUUGUAUCCUGGGCUCCUCCCAUUCUGUCACCGGCCUUUCUAGACAUGUUUCUUCCAUUUCUUUUUCCUUUCCCCUCAGCUAAUCCUCAUGCCUCUGCUUCUUCUCUCCCGAGUGGGUUCUGGUUUCUUCAAGAGCUGUGAAGAGGGGGUCGGGGGAGGAGUGGGGUGAAGAGAGGGUGGGUGCUCAGGAUAUGGGCACAUUGCCUGGCCUGGUCACUUUGGCUUUGUAGUUGCUUCUAGAUACAUCCUGCGUUACUGACAGAUCAGCAUGUUAGGGAAAUAAAACACGUAUGUUGAGCCUGCCUUUUCUCGUACUCCACAGAGCCGCAAACAGGAAAAGGCCUGCGAGCAGCUGGCCCUGGUGGGGGCUGAUAACCCAGAGCACUCCCCUCCCUGCUCUGUGUCGCCUCACACAAGUUCUGGGAGCAGCAGUGAGGAAGAGGACAGUGGGAAAGAGGCACUGGCUCCAGGCCUCAGCCCUUCCCAGAGGCCGGGGGGUAUCAACUCUGCCUGCAGCAGGAGCCCUGAGGAGGAGGAGGAAGAGGAUGUGUUGAAAUACGUCCGGGAGAUCUUUUUCAGCUAGGGCAUAAACUGUGCACUGAACUGUCUGCCGAGAGCAGCUGGAGGACAGCUGAGCUUCCACUGGUGCUGCUGGGCUGCCCGUCUGUGGGAAUGGGGCUCUUUGUGCUCCUACCUUUGUGCCUUCUUGGGCCUGGCCAGAAGCCCCUGGACACUCCAGGCCUUGGGGCUGCCGUUCUGAGUGUGCAGAAGGCAGGACUCAAAACGAGAUCCCAUUCGAUUCCUUCUGUAUGUACUGUGCCUUCUCCCGGCUCUGAGGCUCUGGAAUCCCAAUUGUCUGUGUUAGUCAGUGACCAGGUUCCAGGGAAAAUGAUGUCAUUUGGUGGUCCAACUUACUGGAACCAAAGAGACAGUACUUUUCAAAGAAAAGGAUCACUGCCAGGUGCACUGGAAUUGCUACAGUUUAGUCCGCAUGAUCCCUCCUGAAGGAGGAAGCUUGUUUCAAAAACAGUUUCCAUCAUGAGUCUAUCAAUGAGCUCCCACCUCUCCAGCCAGCCUAGAAAACAAACGAGCUGCCCACAGUUCUCUGCCCUGUCUGGGAGGUUGAGGCCACAGUGUAUAGACUGGUAAGCCAGACAGGCCUCCUCCCACAAGCUGCUACCUUGCUAUCACCUGUACCUUGGUCCCUGGGCAGCUAGCUAUAAAGCAAGAGGGACAGGAGCCCAGAAGAGACACUGAGGACAAGGAUCACACCAGAGUACAUGUUUCUGCCUUUGUUUUCAGUGUGGCAUUGGACAGGAAUAUAUGAAUAAAUCACUUGCCAUACAGGUUUUCCAAUACACAGGUGCUGGAAAAUACACACAGUUCCCCAAUG